UACAUUUCAAAGCCUGCCUGGGCAACCAUUGUUGGCAAAUUUAACAUUAUGAUUUAUCAUUUAUUUCCUGCAUUAGCGUUUCUGUUUCAGAAAACACUGGAGUGGAUUAUUUAAUUUAUGAUUUUGCUGUGGCUGAAACAUCAGGAAAUCUGAUUGAUUACACUGUUGUAUCUGGCAAUGAAAGAGGUGAGUACUAUCCCCCUUAUGGGUUAAAAUAGCCAGGAGAACAUCAUAACCUGUCUUUUGCAUGACAGGUGCUGCUGUGCAUAAAUGAGGAGAGAUGGAGAGUAUGGAUAGAACUUUUUUUAAAGAAAGCAGUACACAGAGAAUUUUUUUUCAGUGCUUUUCAGCACUGACUUUGCUGAUCUUUGGCUUUAGAAAGGGUGGUAACUUGCUAAGAAGUGCAUUCUUUUAAUCUUAAAUUAGGAUAAUUUAGAGACCUGGGGGAGCCAAAAUAAAAAUGUCGUUAGCAAGCAGCUUCCUUCCUGCCAAUCACUUUUAGUCCAUCGUUUCCUUGCAUUUAUUUUAAGGCAUAUUGCAGCUUUGCCCAGGCUCCAUUUGGCCCACAACAAAGGAAAUACAUAGAAACAGAGAGAAAACUUGGAAAGGCAUAAAAAAUGGAGCUGUGCAAGAAGGAGCUGCAAUUCUCCUUAUUUGUGAAAUCAUGCGAAAUUCUUUCUCACAUUUACUGUUCCUUUAUACAUUUAAUAGCUGUUUGGUGAGGGAUAGGAAGCCAGCUGGGAUGAGGCCUUUGCUGCUUGGCCGGUGGAAGUGUUGAAUUUCACAUUGUUCAGAGCAGAGAAGCCAUGGAAACAUCCCAAGGGCAGCUAAGACACAGAGGUAGGAGGGGGGGUACAAGUGAAAUGGCAGCUGUCACAGCAAAAGUGCAUGUUUGUCCUUCCAGGUCACUUUAGACUGGAUCCUGAGAGUGGUGAGCUGAGAACAGCAGUUAAUUUGGACUAUGAGGACGUUUCUCAGUAUGUGAUUUUAAUUCAAGCAAACAAAAGAGUCUCGUCUGCUGCACAAGUCCAGCGCUCAGGCCUGUUUGCUGAGAACGUGGCCAUGCUGACGAUCUCUGUGCAGGAUGUGAAUGAAGAGCCCGUGUUUUCCAGCAAUUCCUACUCUGCCCGCAUUCCCAACUCUGUGCCCUACAAAUACCCUGUCAUUACAGUCCAGGCCACAGAUCCAGACUCAGGAGACAACGGACUUCUGCUGUACAGCUUAGGAGGAGAUCAAAUCAACGAAUUCGACAUCAAUGAACACACAGGGCAGAUUUUUACAGUUUCUGUGGCGGGAAAGACUGGAACAUUUAAUCUGGAAGUCCAAGCUGCAGACCAAGGCACAAGAAGACUCACAGCCCAGACAACAGUCAGUGUAACUGUUGAUUCCAGUUCCAGUAGCAACAUCGUGAUGCUGGUGCUUAAUCAGAAGAUCAACGUUGUGGAAAGAAACAGUGCUGAAGUACAAAGGGUCCUGGAAGAUAAACUUGAAUGGAACAUAUAUGUGGUUAAUAUUUAUUCCAAGGAGUUUGAAAGAAAAGCAAGGAGCAGCACUAAUGAAACCCAAGUAAACUUCAUUGCUUUUGAUGAGGCCCACCAGGAUGUACCUGCAGAAGAUGUAAAAAGAAAACUGAGGGAGCAGAAGGGCGACAUUGAGCUGGAGCUGGAGAAGGUGUUUUUAGCAUCUGUCAGCACUGCCAUCGGCGAGACUCCGGCUGCCCCGGCAUCCCCGGAGCUCGUGGCCGCCAUCGUGCUCGGUGUGCUGCUCGCAGCCACCUUCAUCGCCUUCCUGGCCUAUGUCCUGCUGGAUCUGAAAAAGAAAAGAAAGUAUGGGAAACAGGAUUUGGUUAAGAAAGUUGAAAUUUUGGAGGGCAUUGAUAACCCAUGGGCAGCUGACAAAAAUGGAAGUCUGAAAAGCUUAGAGAAACCAGAGCACAUGAAUAAUGGGAGAACUGAGAUGAUGUCAUUUGACAACCUGGAAGGCACCAGAGGAGAUGAUGCUGAAAAGGAUGAAAUUCAGGCCCCUGAAAAAGACAAUUACCUGGAGACGGUGCUGCUGGAUUACAAGGGUGAAAGGGAGCAAAAUGGAGCACCUGAAAAAGCUGCUGAAAGUAGAAAUGUGGAGGCCCAGCCCACUGUGGGAUUCACAACAGAACAGGAUUCCUUUCCGACAAACCAGAAGCCAGCUGUUUCCUUAACACCUCAUCCCACAUUGCCUGACUCUGAGAAAGGACUGAAAGGAGUUAAAUUUUCAGAGGUGGCGGUGAUUUUGGAUGCAGAGCCUGGAGAUGAUGAGCCUGGAGAUGAGGAGUCUGAUGAAGGCAAUGAGUCUGAAGGCGAUGAGCCCAAUGAUGAUGUAUCUCUCUGAUAGGAACACUCGAUGAAGAAAAUUUUUAGAAAAACCACAAUGAGACUCAUUGGAACAGCUCAGAAUUAACUGAGUAAUAAGAAUAUGGGAAUGUUAUUCAGAUUUAAAUUCUGCUGCUGUUGCAAGGAUGUGUAAGGAAAGGACAAGCAAUACGCGGGAAGGGCUGCAGUGCCGUACUGCAGGGUCGCUUCCCCAGCAGCAGCGCUGUCUCGCGCUGUAUUUCAUUUCUUUUGGCACGUGUCAAAUGGGCAAGACAAUAAACCCGAUUCC